AUGGCGGCGGCCGUCCUAGCGCCCAAGCCGCCUCCUUCGCUGCCUACCAGGGCCUUUGCAUCCUCCUCCCCCUCGCCCUCGCGGUUCGUCCCUGCCUGCAUCUACCCGUGGCAUCCCCUGAGAAGAUUGCUUAUCCGCCCCAUUCCGUGCGUCUCAUCGCCGUCCUCCUCCGUCUUGAUGCUGGACCCGGACCCGGACCUCGAGCCUGAGCCUGCCCACGAUAGAGACGGAGAUGGAGCCCAAGACGAGGCGCCGGAGUCCAGGCCCCGCCGCAUCGCCCUCUUCGUCGAGCCCUCGCCCUUCGCCUACGUCUCCGGCUACAAGAACCGCUUCCAGAACUUCAUCAAGUACCUCCGGGAGAUGGGCGACGAGGUGAUUGUGGUCACUACGCAUGAGGGCGUGCCUCAGGAAUUCCACGGAGCCAAGCUAAUUGGGUCAUGGAGCUUCCCUUGCCCCUGGUAUCAGAAGGUUCCGCUCUCGCUAGCCCUCAGUCCUCGAAUCAUCGGAGAAGUUGCUAGAUUCAAGCCUGACAUUAUUCACGCCUCUUCCCCUGGGAUAAUGGUAUUUGGCGCGCUUAUCAUAGCAAAGUUGCUCUGCGUCCCUCUGGUAAUGUCAUACCACACGCACGUUCCAAUUUAUAUACCCAGAUAUACUUUCAGCUGGCUUGUCAAGCCCAUGUGGCUAAUUAUAAAAUUCUUGCACCGAGCUGCGGACCUCACACUGGUACCAUCCGUUGCGAUCGGCAGGGAUCUUCAAGCUGCCCGUGUUACAGCAGCCAAUAAAAUACGCCUUUGGAACAAGGGUGUUGAUUCAGAAAGCUUCCAUCCUCGUUUUCGCAAUAUGGAAAUGCGUUCAAGGCUAACGAAUGGCGAACCAGAAAAGCCACUUAUAUUUUAUGUUGGGCGCUUAGGAGUUGAGAAAAGCUUGGAUUUUUUUAAGAGAGUCAUGGACCGACUUCCAGGAGCAAGGAUCGCAUUUAUUGGAGAUGGCCCAUUCAGGGCUGAGCUUGAGCAGAUGUUCUCAGGUAUGCCGGCGGUGUUCACGGGCAUGUUGCAAGGGGAAGAGCUAUCACAGGCCUAUGCUAGCGGGGAUGUGUUUGUGAUGCCUUCCGAGUCAGAGACGCUGGGGUUUGUGGUGCUGGAGGCCAUGUCAUCGGGAGUUCCGGUAGUGGGGGCUCGCGCUGGAGGAAUACCUGAUAUCAUACCUGAGGAUCAGGAGGGGAAGACGAGCUUUCUGUACACACCAGGGGAUGUGGAUGACUGUGUUGGCAAGAUCGAGCAGCUCCUGUCGAGCGAGGACCUGAGGGAGGCCAUGGGGAGGGCUGCCAGGAAGGAGAUGGAGAAGUUUGACUGGCGAGCAGCGACGAGGAAGAUCCGGAACGAGCAGUACAGUGCUGCGAUCUGGUUCUGGCGCAAGAAGAGGGCGCAGCUGCUGCGACCCCUCCAGUGGGUGCUGCGGCUGCUGAGGCCAACAACGCCUGGGGCUGCCAAUGCUGAUGCUGUAGCGAAGCAAUCAUGA